CCCCUCACCCCCACCUCCGAUGGGCACGGGCCGAACCAGCCGCGGCGGGCCCUCCACCGCCACCCCCGCAGGCCGGCCCUACCCGCCGAUCUCCGCCCCACCGCACGCCCCCACCCCAACCUCCUCGCCACCCCCCUCCGAGACGGCCUCCACCUCCGUCACCAAGACCGUCAACGGCUCGCACCACUUCAAGAUCGCGGGCUACUCGCUGGCCAAGGGGAUCGGCGUCGGCAAGUACAUCGCGUCCGAGUCCUUCACCGUCGGGGGGUUCGAGUGGGCCAUCUACUUCUACCCCGACGGCAAGAGCGCCGAGGACGGCGCCGCAUACGUCUCGCUCUUCAUCGCGCUCGCGUCCGAGGGCACCGACGUGCGCGCGCUAUUCGAGCUCACGCUCGUCGACCAGAGCGGCAAGGGCCAGGACAAGGUGCACACGCACUUUGGGAGGUCGCUCGAGGGUGGGCCCUACACCCUAAAGUACCGCGGAAGCAUGUGGGGUUACAAACGUUUCUUCAAACGAUCUGGCCUGGAAACAUCAGAUUAUCUUAAAGAUGAUUGCCUUUUAGUGAACUGCACCGUUGGUGUUGUUCAAUCACACACUGAAGGGCCAAAGAUAUACAGGAUACCAGUGCCACAAUCAAACAUGUCUCAGCAUAUUGGGCAUCUGCUGAGUAGUGGAAAGAGAACGGACAUCACAUUUGAAGUCGACGGGGAGAUGUUUCCUGCUCACAAGGUGGUACUUGCGGCCCGAUCGCCAGUUUUUAGGGCCCAGCUUUUUGGGCCCAUGAAAGAUAAAAACAUGAGGUGCAUAACAAUUGAAGACGUGGAGGCUCCUGUCUUCAAGGUGACUCUCCUUUUAUUUUGUUUCAUUUUGCUUAACUUACAUUCCUUUCUGUCCCAUCUAGAAGUAGCCGCCGCCGUCGUCCUUCGUGAUCCUCUGGAUGUCGUCCUCGACAGCAACCCGCUGUAG